AUGACACUCUGCAAAGAUCUAGUACUCACCCAUCUACCAAUAGUUAUUCCAAGCAUGCCAGGCAUCGACCAAAGCUUCAACGCCCACGCCUACCUGCGUUACAUCUUCGGUGAGAAGAACGAGCCGGAGCAGGUCGGGGAGCAUGAGCUUCAUCGGCCGGUGCAGACACCAUGGCCCAUCGGUAGCGAUAUCGGUGUCACAGUCCUUGGGAGCACAAUCAACAUAUUGCAGAGGAGGUGUGAUGAGCAGUUUGCCAUCCACCGUGCAAAAGAUCCAAAGCUGCUCGGCGGCAUGAUCGAUGACCCACCUAAAGAACCGCCAUCAUCCACCCUUCGCCGCCGCUGCCACCUACCUCAAGAUGAUCCCGCCGCCCGGGCCCGCGCGCCACCACCGCUCUUCCUCUGCCCGCCGACCCACCCCGUUCCUGAGGCCUCGCUCGCCGGCUUCCGCCGCGGGGCCGAACCCAACCCAAGCCUCGCCGUGGACCAACUCCUCUCCCCCAACCCCGCCGCCGCGGGCCUCCUCUUCUCCAACCCCGGGCUCUCUAGCGUCGGUGCACCGCUGCCGCCCCCACCCUCUCCCCUUCCCAAGCUGCUUAGGCGGUGCCCAGAUCUGCCACCGCCGUCCUCUACAACCACGCCCACGCAGCGGCAGAUGAAGGAGGAGUUAGGGGCGGAGCGGCGGGGCCCUUCCUCCGCCUCCGUGGUACAUGGCGUCUACGAGCCAUUCCUCCGCCUCUACCUCGCCGACUCUCGUCGCCUCUGUGGAGUGAAGAUCUUGACAGGACUGCCUCCCUCUACUGCCUCGCUCCCCACGGCGGUGAGGCGAGACCGACUGGCGACGCGCGGCAAGGCCAUCGGGGGAGCUCUGGCGGCAGCACAAGGAGCAGAGCGGCGGAGCAGCAGCACUGGCACGGGCUUAUAUAUUGUUGGCUUGUAG